AUGUCAACGGCCGAACAGGAAGUAGACGUGAUCGUCGUCGGGGCCGGCUUUGGGGGCUGUUACCUCCUUCACAAGCUCCGUGAGAGCGGUUUCAGUGUCAAGGUCUUGGAAGCCGGUUCUACUCUUGGUGGCGUGUGGUGCUGGAACAGAUACCCAGGCGCAAGAGUGGACUGCGAGUUCCCAUAUUACGGCUUCUCGGACCCCGCAAUAUGGCGUACAUUCCCAUGGACAGAACGCUUCCCCUCUGAUAAGGAGCUGCGUGCUUACUUCCACCAUGUCGCGGAUGUCUGGGACCUACAUCGGAAUAUCCAGCUCGACACCAGGGUCGUGGAAGCGAGGUACCAAGAACACCAGAAUAGGUGGCAUCUGAAGACCAAGACUGCCGACACAGUGUGGAAAUGCCGCUGGCUGAUCGCAGCCACGGGCACCUCGUUCAAGCAACACAUUCCAGAAUGGCAAGGCCGCGAGCUAUUCGCGGGCGCUCUACAUCACUCUGCACUUUGGCCAGAGGACAUGACGCUGGAGGCUAAGAACGUGGCGGUGAUAGGGGCUGGCUCCACUGGCGUCCAAAUCGUGCAAGAAGCGUCCAACGUAAGUCCAAGAGUAACACAGUUCAUUCGUAGCCCAAAUCUUGCGCUUCCCAUGAGGCAGCGGGCGAUUACAGAGGAGGAGAGACUGGCAUAUCUGCCUCAGAUGCCGCACGUCUUCAGGGCAUGUCGAUCGACACCCUCGGGUCUCCCUGUGGAGCGCCCAGGAUUGAAGGUAUUCGACGAAUCAGCGGAGAAAAGAAAUGCGCGACUUGAGCAUGGUUGGAAGCUAGGCGGCUUCAACUGGUCUCAAGGCUCGUAUUCUGACUACAUCGUUGAUCCCAAAGCAAAUCGUGAAUUGUACGAGUUCUGGAAGGAGAAGAUUCGGGCACGUAUUUCGGAUCCGGCGAAACGAGACAUCCUCGCUCCAGAGGAGCCGCCAUACUACAUGUCCACGAAGAGGCCAAGUCUCGAGCAAGACUACUACGAAAGCUGUGAUAGACCGAAUGUGGAGAUCACAGACUCCCCUAUCGUGUCAUUCACAAAGACUGGAAUCGUGACGGAGGAUGGGAAAGAACGGCAGUUUGACCUUGUAGCCGUCUGCACAGGCUAUGAUGCAGUCACAGGCGGCUUACGAACAAUGGGCAUUAAAGGCCGCAACGGCAUUGAUCUUGACGAGAAGUGGAAAGACGGAGUCGUCACGAAUCUAGGAAUGCUGGUGAAUGGAUUCCCGAAUAUGUUCAUGGUCUACGGCCCCCAAGCACCAACAAGUCUCAGCAACGGGCCAAUAUUCCUGGAGAUGCAAGGAGAUUACAUCCUUCGAAUUCUUCUCCGUCAGAAGGAGGAGGAUAUCGAAUCCAUCGAGGCAGACAAGGAAGCUGAACAAGCGUGGCGAACGCAUUGCCUGGAUCUGGCAGAGCGCACGUUACUGGUAAAGACUAACUCUUGGUACAUGGGCACCAACAUCCCUGGAAAAAAGAGGGAGUAUCUCGUCUACCUUGGGGGUCUACCAUUGUAUCAGCAAAAGAUGGAAGAGGCGCUAGAGAACUGGCAAGGUUACGCACUUUCGUCUUCAUCGGACGCGACUGCAUCCAAUCUUUAG